AUAUCAGAAUACAGCAACGGCAAUCUGCACGAAGACCAUUAAUCGACGGCCUGUCACGAUAAUUGGGAUCUUAAACUCAACCAAAAGAUUAUCUUUGAGUCAAUGAAUGGAACCGAUCGAUUAUCAUAUUUUUCUAUGGCGGAUUGAAUAUAGGGAUCAUAGCUGUUAAAAACUUACAACAAUACUGUCCAAACCUUCAACAGACACCAGAAGAUGAACAGACGCAUCUUUCCAAGCAUGCGCAUGGACAACACCGAAGAAGAAGAAGACGGCAGCAUGAUUGCACCUCCGAUCGUCAACCCUCCAGGCGGGCGAAAAGCAACCAAGAUAGUUAAACUGAUAAUAACUGAAAAGUUAGUGAAUACAUCCACUCAACACUCAAAAAUACAGUCCACUCGCUCUCAUCCUCAACAUUAAUCUUGAA